GAGUUGUAGUGGGCGGGGUUUGUUUGAGCGGCUGCCUGAGAGGCGAGCAGCAUCAGAUCCGCUGCGAGUGUAGAUGGGUGUGUGAGCCUCCGGUACCCCGCAAACCACUCAAAAUAAACCCGGGGACACGUUAAAGCACAUAUACGGCUGCCCCUCUAGGAGCAGCGGGAGGUUUCGCUUCCUGGACAGCCUCUCUGUGCGGGGGAAUCGAGCCGGGCCAUGGCGCGGGACUAUGAUUACCUCUUCAAGCUGCUCAUCAUCGGCGACAGCGGUGUUGGCAAAAGCAGUUUACUGCUGAGAUUUGCUGAUAACACAUUUUCAGGUAGCUAUAUCACCACCAUCGGUGUGGACUUCAAGAUUCGCACGGUGGAAAUCAACGGGGAGAAAGUCAAGCUGCAGAUUUGGGAUACAGCGGGACAGGAGAGAUUCCGGACGAUCACCUCCACGUACUAUAGAGGCACUCACGGUGUUAUAGUGGUUUAUGACGUCACCAGCGCCGAGUCUUUCGUGAACGUCAAACGCUGGCUUCAUGAAAUCAAUCAAAACUGUGACGACGUUUGUCGAAUAUUAGUGGGUAAUAAGAAUGACGACCCCGCCUCUAAAGUGGUGGAGACCAAUGACGCGCAGAAGUUUGCUGAGCAGAUGGGCAUCCGGCUGUUUGAGACCAGCGCCAAGGAGAACGUCAACGUCGAGGACAUGUUCAACUGCAUCACCGAGCUCGUCCUGAAGGCCCGGAAAGAGUCUGUGGCCAAACAGCAGCAGCAGCAGCAGAGCGAAGUCAUUAAACUGAGUAAGAGCAGCAAACGCAAGAAGAAAUGCUGCUAAUGGACCGGACUCAUGUAUACACACACACACACACACACACACCCUUAGAGAGCCAAUCGACAAAACACCACUGAACUGACAAGAGCCAGACAGCUUAACACACUUAAACCAACCCGUGAGAGACUAGUAAUGAGAGAGAUAUCUAUAGAGAUUUACUAACGAUGAGCCCGUUUGGAUUUGGGAGGACGCCUGCAGACUCCGAUGCUUUAACAGGAUUGGAUUCCAGUGGCAUCGCACUUCAUCAUGGUCUUUUUCCCCCAGAAGAUGCUCGGAAGAUCUGCUGCAGAAAGUUUAAAAUAGAAAAUGAAACGUCUUCGUCGUUGUCUGCGUUUCACAUGCUGUGAGUCAAACCAACAAGGCCAAAUGUGAGCGACUGCAGUGUUAAUGUGACUUGACCUACCGACACCAAUCAGGACCACAUAUAAGUUGGAGAACAUCAUGAAUUUCCCCAUAUUUUCAUGCACGUCGUCACAGACGGAUUGUCUGGCCGCUAUGGACCAAAUGUGUGCUGCUCUGCCAACUACCAGAGACACUUGUUUUGCCUUUUGCUUUCUCUUUUGUCUUUCAUUUUUGUAAAGUUGUAUUUUUUUACUAACAAAUGAUACAAUCAAACACACAGUAGCGUUUAGUGAAUCUGGUGCCAUUGACUGAAAGUUAUUAUAUUUACAAAGCUGGGAGGAAACGCUGAAUCUCAUGUGCAACUGCAUGAAAGUGCAGAUUUAAGGGAAUAGUUCAUGCAAUAAUUGAUCAAGCUGAAAAGGUGCACACUAUCAGGUUAUCCAAGAUGUAGAUGUUUCUUUAUCAGGUUUGUAGAAAUGUGUCACUGCAUCAGAAUCUCAGCAAUGGAUGCUCUGCAGUGAAUGGGUGCCGUCAGAGAAAACAUCACAAUAAUCCACAGCACUCCAGUCCAUCAGUUAACAUCUGGAGAAGACAAAAGCUGAAACAAAUCCAGCAUUAAGACGGUUUAACUAAAGCACGAGUCCAUAAUAACUCUUCCUCCAGUGAAAAAGUGGUCUGGUCUGAAUCAGGAGAGAAAUCUGCGCAGAUCAAGCACGUGUGAAUUUUUUGUGGGUUAUUGUGAUGUUUUUAUCAGCUGUUUGGACUCUCAUUCUGACGGCACCCAUUCACUGCAGAGCAUCCGUUGCUGAGACACUGAUGCAAUGCUACAUUUCUCCAAAUCUAAUGAAGAAACAAACUCAUCCUAAUCUUGGAUGGCCUGAGGUUGAGCACAAUUACAGCACAUUUUUGUAUGAACUAUUCCUUUAAAGGAAUAUUUCAUGGAAAAAACGCACACUUUGUCUUCAUUUACUCACCUGCAUGUCAUUGUAAAUCAUUAAUUUCCUCUGUGGAUCACAAGCGGAAGUGUUUUAUGAUGCUUUCACUGAAUGGAGAAGAGCUGCGUGAACAUUCUGCUAAACGUCUCCUUUUGUGUUUCACAUAAGAAAGUAAGUCAAACAGGUUUGGAAUGACAUGAAGGUGAGUAUAAAAUGAUGACAGAAUGAGCAUUUUAAUUGAAUUUACGGUUCUCAGUGCUGGUUAGAGCACAAUCUCCUUAUUUUCCAAUUUAAAAGAGACGAAAAACAAAAGUGACCUCUCUAAAGCGGAUCAUGUGACUGUAACCUGCUGUAUUUGACUCCUCAGAUCUUCUGAACACAAUCUAGUUCCUUUUCAGCAGGAAUAUCGUGACACCAGCGGCAUUUAUGACUGAAAAUAGUGUUGCUGGUGACGCUUUUGGAUCCUAAUACGUGAUUACAGUGACAGAUUGUGGGAGUGAAUGAUUCUUGCUUUGAGAUGUUCACAGGGCAUCUGCGACAAACCCUUAUGAAGCCACCGUUGUGCUAAUUUAUGUGUUCAUAUCAUCGAGCGUCUGCUCUAUAUGACGCACCUACACACGAGCGAACACGCAUGUCUGCAUGUGGACACUGACACAUGCAUCUGUGUGCUUCUGUUUGUGUGUGUAAUGAUCUGGUGUACACUGGAAACCAUGAACUAUUACUCAUAUUCAUUGUCCCAACACGAGUCUAACGAUAAUAAACAUUUUAAGAGAACAAAA